CUCGCGUUGCGCUGCCCAGAGCCAGCCCCCCAGCCUCCGGCCCCCCGCCUGGAGCGGAGGUGUCACUCUCUGCCCGCGCUGCUGCUGCUGCUGCUUCUGCCGCCGCCGCCGCCGCUGCGGGGCUAAGCCGGAGCCCGAGACCGAGCCUGAGUCCGAGUCCGAGUCCGAACCCGAGCCCGAACCGCUUGACGGCUACACCGCGCCUUCCCCGGAGCCCUGCGCCGCCACCGCCGCCGCCGAGAGCCGGAGCCCAGAGCGCGCAGCAGGGGAAGCGGCAGCUCGCAGAGCCCUCUCCGCGGCCGCAGCGAUGGCCACAACCGUGACCUGCACCCGCUUUACCGACGAGUACCAGCUCUAUGAAGAUAUUGGCAAGGGGGCUUUCUCAGUUGUACCGACGCUGUGUCAAACUUUGCACUGGACAUGAGUAUGCAGCUAAGAUCAUCAAUAACCAAGAAGCUCUCUGCAAGAGAUCACCAGAAGCUGGAGAGAGAGGCCCGGAUCUGCCGUCUCCUGAAGCAUUCCAAUAUUGUUCGUCUCCAUGACAGCAUCUCCGAGGAAGGCUUCCACUACCUCGUGUUUGAUCUGGUCACUGGUGGAGAGCUCUUUGAAGACAUUGUGGCAAGAGAGUACUACAGUGAAGCUGAUGCCAGUCAUUGCAUCCAGCAGAUCCUGGAGGCUGUUCUCCAUUGCCACCAAAUGGGGGUCGUCCACAGAGACCUCAAGCCAGAGAACCUCCUCUUGGCCAGUAAGUGCAAAGGAGCUGCAGUGAAACUGGCAGAUUUUGGCCUGGCCAUCGAGGUGCAGGGGGACCAGCAGGCAUGGUUUGGUUUUGCAGGCACUCCUGGCUACCUGUCCCCAGAGGUUCUUCGUAAAGAAGCUUAUGGAAAACCUGUGGAUAUUUGGGCUUGUGGUGUGAUCCUCUACAUUCUGCUUGUGGGCUACCCUCCAUUCUGGGAUGAAGAUCAGCACAAACUUUAUCAGCAGAUCAAGGCUGGAGCUUAUGAUUUCCCAUCCCCUGAGUGGGAUACUGUCACUCCCGAAGCCAAAAACCUUAUCAACCAGAUGUUAACCAUCAACCCUGCAAAAAGGAUCACAGCUCAUGAGGCCCUGAAACACCCAUGGGUCUGCCAACGCUCAACUGUGGCCUCAAUGAUGCACAGACAGGAGACUGUGGAGUGUCUCAAGAAAUUCAAUGCCAGGAGAAAGCUCAAGGGGGCAAUCCUUACCACUAUGCUGGCAACACGAAACUUCUCAGUGGGCAGACAGACCACCGCUCCGGCCACAAUGUCAGCUGCGGCCUCCGGUGCCACCAUGGGGUUGGUGGAACAAGCUAAGAGCUUACUGAAUAAGAAGGCGGAUGGAGUCAAGCCCCAGACGAACAGCACCAAAAACAGCGCGGGUGUCACCAGCCCCAAGGGGACGCUCCCUCCUGCUGCCCUGGAGCCUCAAACCACCGUUAUCCAUAACCCAGUGGACGGGAUUAAGGAAUCUUCAGACAGCACCAACACCACCAUAGAGGAUGAAGACACCAAAGCUCGCAAGCAAGAAAUCAUCAAGAUCACAGAGCAGCUGAUAGAGGCCGUCAAUAACGGGGACUUUGAGGCCUAUGCGAAAAUUUGUGACCCAGGCCUGACCUCAUUUGAACCUGAAGCUCUUGGCAACCUUGUAGAAGGGAUGGAUUUCCACAGAUUCUACUUUGAGAAUUUGCUAGCCAAGAACAGCAAACCCAUCCACACCACCAUCCUGAACCCCCACGUGCACGUUAUCGGUGAGGAUGCCGCAUGCAUCGCCUAUAUCCGUCUCACGCAGUACAUUGACGGGCAGGGCCGACCCCGCACUAGCCAGUCAGAGGAGACCCGUGUCUGGCACCGCCGUGAUGGCAAGUGGCAAAAUGUCCACUUCCACUGUUCAGGUGCACCCGUGGCCCCGCUGCAGUGAAGAACCAGUACACCCUUUUGUGGUUUCAUCCUGACGGAGACGGUGAUUGGAGCGGAGCCGCCACUCGCCGGGUGGUAGAGCCCACCGCGUCAGCAUGCUCGUGUCUGCCUCGUCCCUCCCUCCCCUGGUGCCUGUGUCUGCAGAAAACAAGACCAGAUGUGAUUUCUUUUUAAAAAACAAACAAACAUACAAACAAACAAACAAACGACCGGCAACUACUACAACAAAAAAAAAGCAACCAACGAAAUGAGGAAAAAAAUACCACAAUAUAAAAAACAAAACCAAGAAAAAAAAGCUGUAAAAAUCACUGGCGUUUGUGGGGCUUCAAAACCAACCAGCUGCUCCUCCCGUCCACAGCUCCAUGUGUGUGUCUGUCCGUCUGUUCCUCGGCCGUCUCGGGUGACCAGGUGUUGCAAUGAAAAUGUCCACAAGGCUCCACCCCUUCUGUUGACCCCCGUGUUGAACGGUGUUAGUUUGUUAGAUGAAAAAAAAACCCAAAACCCACAAAAAAAAAAAACCAUAAAAAACUAAGGUAUUUUGCAUUCUCUCUGCCAACGCAUGGGCCUUUGCCAGUGGUGUACUUGCACGUGGCCGUCGUGAGCUGUUACCGUUUGUCUUUUCAGGGACGUGGGGCUGCUGGCUCCAGGUUUUCCUUUGCCUUUUUCCUCUAGUUGUGCCUGUGGGUUGCUAUCACUCCUUCCUUCCUUCCACCCAACAUUCUUUCUUUGGUCAAGGAGGGAAGAGGCGUCCCUGAGCUCUGUCCCUUCUGUGCCAGGCAGAACUGCUGGUCAGCAGAGUGUCCAGUGUUGUUGGAAAGUGACUCUGGGCUCCCAGACUCUGGAUGGGCUGAGAUCCCGGCACUCACACUAUGGGACAUCCCCCUCCACUAAAGGGCCUGUUUCAAGAACCUCCUUGUGCCGCGUUGGCCUCGUCUCUUACUCUGAAGCCUUGAAGGCUGGUGAUGGCAUGAAGGGCGAGCAGUUCUGGGUGAGGAUUGUGAAGAGUGCUGAGGGGCACGGCUGGGAGAGGGGAAAGAGAUGGGGAACAGGGACAUGCAGGGGUAAGAGAAUCUUAGUCCUUUGGGACCCAGAUUUUAUAGGUAUCUGCAGGCCCAGGAGUGGGGGGAGCCUGGGCCAACCAGCUCCCAAGUGCCCCAGAGAGUAUGCUGAGCCUCACAGAAAAGUUAAUCCUAACUUCUGGAGACAAAGCAUCAUCUACUAACUCUUAUUUCCUUUUCUCAGCCCAAACAGCUUCACAUAUGGGAAGCACAGCCAGAGUAAUUAGCAAACCCUGGGCUGUGCCCCUAGGGCCUCUGUAACCUGUUCAGUUUAACCUGAAUCUUGACCCCACAACUUACAGAGACAACUCAGGAGCAAAGACUCCUAAGUAACCAGCUCUAGAAAAUGAGGGCUUUGGGCCCUCAGGUAAUUUUUCUUCUUGCCUUGAUGGAUACUGAAAGCAGUUUCUGCUUCUUCCCUCUGUCCAGUUGGUCUCUGCACAGUAGACAGUGAAUGUAUUGAUAGCUUUCUGGUGGCUCCUCUGAAUUUUGACCCAGGGAAAUCUGUUUCCUAGGGCCUAGUAUCUCUUUUGGUUCUCUCUGGCCUUCUAUAGGGGCAUUCUAAUCUCUCCUCUUAGGAUAAGAAUUGGCAGCUCAGAAAGAUUACAUCUAGACUCAAGCCUUUCUUCCUCCUGCUACUCCAACCUACCAAAUGGGGAUAAAGAGGUUAUUCUCCUUUAUGUUAUCCCUUUCCCAACAUAAAGGAAUCAGAUAGGUCUUAUAGAGGACUACCCAGGGCUAUUGUGUGUCCUCCUAUGGAGAGGCAUCUGGCAUUGUGGGAUGGAGGAAAUCUAUGGGGAGACAAGGCAGGUCUCCACCCCACCCCUACCCCCCUUCACUGAAGGUGAGAGAGGAGGGAAUCCUGAAAAUUGUUAGAACCACUGGCAACUGGAGACAGUCUAAGACCAAGCACUUGUUUCCUUAAGCUCUGUCCAGUAGAGCAGUAAGGAUGUGAAUGCUACAAGAACCUGGCUAGGUUGUUGGGGAGUUCUCUGGAGAAAAGGAACCUGUCAGGAAAGAACAACAGAUCCUCCUGUUUUCCCGGGGCUGAAAAAACACUAGACCAAAUGAGUCACAUUGAGUCCUGUCAUUGAUUUCUCUGACCUGUGGUUGUGGUUUGCAGAGUGGGCAUCUUUGGAUGGAAAGUCAGGGCUUAUAGACUGGCUGGCUGCAGUGAGGCCCUGGCAACCCCACGAAUAGGGCGAAUAGUGUCUAGUUGAGAUUUCUUGAGAGCCACAGCUGAAAGAUGCUUUUGGGGGAGAUGUGCCCUCUGGAGACACAACCAUCUGCAUCUAGUCCCUGAAAGGGCCUCACUUGUCCAGUGGGGCUGGUAGGCUACAAUGAGCCACGGCUCUUGCAGAAGAGUCAUGUUAGUCAUAUGGUGGGUACUCAACAAAUUCUUAAGGAUGUCUGGUGCUGCUGAAUUAAUGAGUAUCAAGUCAUCUGAUUCAUUUAUUGAUGACCUACUGUAUUCAAGGACAACAUUGAUGGAUUGGGAAGGGAAAACCAAGAGAUGAACGGGGUCAGAAAGCAUUAAAAAAACAGUGGGGAUGGAUAGUUUCCUUCUGGGAACUUCAACAGUUUAACUGGAAUUGGAAAAUUAAAGGGAGAAUGCUGACCUGGGCCCUAUUUCAUUUUCCCUGGGGAUUGAGAGAACAUUUCAGCCUCUGGUGUAGGUCUCCUCAUCCCUUGGCUUCUCUGCUUUGAAAUAGCAUGAUUUCCUUGGUCUUCGUUGAUGAUCAAGAAGCAGAAUUAUGGUGAGAAAAAUUCAAGGGCUCCUGCCCCCAGCUGACAUAUUGUCCUGACACUUGUCCCUUCAGUCAAAUCUAACAAGUAUUAGGUGCCUAAAUGUAUGGGAGGCACUGUGCUAGGCACCAAGGUUACAAAGACAAAACAAAAAUAGAUCCCUCCCCUCAAGGAUCAUAUGGAAGAAGGCACUUCAGCCAGGCAUUGAAGGUUAUCUUAUUUUAGCCAGGUGGUCCCAAGAAUUAGAGAUGGGAGAGAAGAGAAAAUGCAGUUCGAAGGAAGGGAGAGUAGGUGGCCACCAGGGAUGACCUAGGCACAGGAUACUGUCAGCUGGACCCAGAGUACAGCAGAUGGGCCGAGAAAAGGGAGGCUGUUUGGUCAAUCUGGGGACCUUGAGAAUGACUCUGGGUCUGAGGCGUCUGCCCACCUCCCCCAUGGGUAGGAAAAAUUCAAUUGGGACAAUGCUCCAAUGUCUCUCUUUGUCUUAGUUUUGCAAAUGUGGACAGUACUUCCACAAGGAGUAUAUGUUGAGAGUGCAUCCAAACCUCAGGAAGGCGAGGCAAAGACAGCACAGUGGCAGGCCAGGCUGCAUAAGUUCAAGGCCUUUGCCUAGCUUCAUUGACUCAUUCAUACCUUGACUCAAGGUGGGCGGG